AUGUUGAACACAGAGGGUGGUUUCCGCUCUACAGAUACCCCGGUUUCCCGCGAGUCUUUAGCAACCUCUAGAAGUAGUGGACAAACAUUGCACUCCUCAUCGUCUUCUGGUUCAUCUAUUGGAUCAGUGGGAUCAUCUUCUUCUACUGUAGGCAAUGGAGUUAAGAAACAACAAUAUCCUACUGCUCCUGCUAGUGGCUUGAGUGCGUCCAAGUACAACACCUCUUUCAAAGAUACUUCACAAUUUGGAGCACAAAGAUCUCAAAUAAACCACGUUCAUUUUCAAAAAAGCACACCAGUUCAUUCCUCUGCUUCUUAUUUUUCUAAUUUUAAUGAACCGGUAGAUACUAAGAAAAUCCAGCUCUUUAAUAAUUUUGGCAACGAUUACUCUGAUCAUUACCUACGAACUGGAGUACUUCCCCAAGUUCAUGUUCAAAAUUCUGAUAUGCCACUUGUUGGAUACCCCAGACUUCAAAGACUUCACGAACUAAAGGCAACACACACUCUUCAUCAUGCUUGUACACCAUAUUGUGCUUCCAUGCCGGUUCCAGAUAUGCCGUCAACACUCCAAAAAUGGGCUGCGCACGAUGGCCUUAUUUUUGAUGUUGUUAUGGUAGGAGGAUGUUAUCCAUAUGCACCAUCAUUAAGCACAUUGGCAUCUUUGCCAAUUCCUCAGUUGACUCCUCGUCCAAGCAUUGCGCUUAUAUGGGUACCUGGUUAUGGAUUAGAUACUGCACGACAAGCUUUGGAGGCCUGGGGAUUCCGCAGAAGUGAAGAUAUCGUAUUCAUGUGUCGCUCGCGCGAAUCAGUGUACUACCCUCCACAGCAUGAAGAUGACAUUAUUGAAAAAUCAACUUGGCACUGCCUUUUAGGACUGAAAGGGACGCUUCGUCGUUCUGAAGAUACUGACUUAAUCAACUGUAACGUUGAUACAGAUAUCAUUGUUGAGACUUUAAAAGAGAGAGCGUGCAUUGUACCUGAACAAAUGUAUUCAAUAAUUGAAAAUUUCACGCUUAUGUCUCGCAGGAUUCAUAUAAUUCCGGGGUAUGCUGGAUCUUCCUUACCUGUUCGGCCUCGCCCUGGAUGGGUUAUUGUUUCUCCAGAGGCACCGGCUAACAAUUUUUUGCCUCAGACAUACUUAAACGAGAUGAGAGUUUUAGGUCAUAGAGUACCUGUAGACCCAGAAAUUGAUCUUUUGCGACCGAAGACCCCUCCCAGAGCCAAAAGGGGAGUUUCUAUGAAAUAG